CUCCGAUCCGGAAGGUCCAUGGCGCCGUAUCGAUAGGAUAAUAAAAUAAGUCGAAAUAUCGGGUACCUUUAAACGUCUAGAACUUCUCAACAAUUAUGCGUUGCGUAUUGACGAAUAUUAUUUAACGAAAGCUAAUUUUAUCGCGCAGUCAGAAAAAUGCUACAUUUUGAAAUAAAUUUUGUCGAAAAGUGCAAAACUGAUUUUAAUUCAACUAUAUUUUUCUGUUUUUAGAAUAUGGAUUUGUCGCCAGCUGAUGAAAUGACGCCAUUAGAAAAUAAUGGCAAACCAAAAGAAUAUAAGGAAGAAGACAUACCAUAUAAUAGGAAACACAAAAAGCAUGGGACGAGGAAGACCGCUAAGCAAUUUUGGAUAUUCAAUAUAUGUUUUUUGCUGGCUUUUGCGCCAUACCUCUCAAUUGCGGGCUUGCAGAGCAGUAUCAACAUUGAGGAAGGCAUUGGAACACUUUCCUUGGGAGUGGCUUAUACAUCGUCAAUUGUUUUUUCUAUAUUUAUAACUCCCAUCGCUAUCAGAAGAUUUGGAUCACACCGAGCAACUGUCAUCGGCGAAAUGGGAUAUUUGAUUUACGUUUUGGCUAACUUUUACCCCAAAUCUUAUAUCAUGAUAAUUGCCGGCGCUCUAGUUGGAUGUGGUGAGGCCUUGGUGUGGACGACAUUACCUAUGUAUUUCUGGCAUUUCGGGUAUCAACAUGGGGAGUUUGGAACCAAACCGUUUGAAUCAUAUGUUUUGAAAUAUACUGGCCUAUUUUAUGUGCUGUUUCAAUUUGGUCAGAUUUUUGGCAGUUCCGUCAGCUAUGGCGUAUUAUAUGGAUUCAAAAAUAAAACACAAGAAAUAUCUACAUCGUACAAUUCAUCCUCAGAUCUUUUACAAGCAAACGAAACGGAGACGCACCUGAAACCAUACAUUCAGUAUCAAUACUGUGGAGCAAACGAUUGUCAAAGUUCAAAUGUUACCAGCGAAAACAUCGAUAGCUACGUCCCAUCCGAUUCGUACUCACUGUAUAUCCUAAUUUCUAUAUUUUGUGCAAUGUCUCUCAUUGGAAUUUGCCUUCAUUUUAAAUUUCUUCCGAGAGCGAACUCAAAGCCACAAAAAGUUGAAUCUAAUGAUCAAGACGUGUUGUACGAAAAGAAGAAUACUGACGAUGAAAGUGAGAUCAUUUUCCAGAACACAAACUUCUCGUAUGUAUUAACACUGAACUGGAUAAUGUGA